GCUCCCAAUUUUCCUCACCGCCUCCCGCGGCCAACAAGCUCACAAAAAUCUCUUCGCUAAAAGAGCAGAACAAAACUUUAACAAUUAACAUUCAGAAUAAGUGACUAAUUUGUUGUAUUUAUCGUGCAGUGAACGAAACCAUAAAUAAUUGUUGCAUGGGCGAAGCCAACUGUGCCGCCGGCCGUGCUGGCGGCGUUAUCUCGGUAAAAAUGUCUCCGACUCGUGGUCAAAACGAAAGCGCCAAAAGCAAAUAAAACAGAUAAGAAAUAGCCAGAAAAAGGCAUUUUAUAGUGUGUGAAGUGAAAAAAAAAUAUAUUAAGAUUCGGGCAAGUGUAAGAGCGCCGAGCCACCCCAAAUCCACUGCAAUUCUGCGGUCGAUAAAAAGUUAAUUAAUUCUACAAAAUAAAAUACAAAACAAAACAAAACCCGAAUUAGUGCCGGGAUGAGUGCCAACAGCAGCAGAAUGAGGAGACGCAGCAAUAGCUGGUCGUCGGAAAAACAGCCGGCGGCGCAACUUUCUCUGCCUGCAGACGAUGACGUUGCAGGGGGAAAUGGUGGAAAUUUGCUGGAUAUGCCCCGCAUAUGCCGCUGCUGUUGCAAACGGGAUUUGGAGUUGCUUAGCCUCUUUGGGGCCGACAAACCAACCAUAUCCUCCACAGCAGCCUCCACAGACGUGGAGAUGGAGACAGACACAGACACAUCUACGAUGCGACGCCGCAGCACCACCACAUCCACGCCUCUGGGGGAUCGCACCAACGGUAAUCCCGUAGACUACGCCCUGAGCGGCGCCCACAGCAGCAUGGACAUUGUCCUCGAGGAGAUGAUCAUCUGGAUGCUCAAUGUCAGCCGCGACGAUGGGCUUCCGCAGGAGAUUUGCCGCCAGUGCAUGGCCCAGUUCCUGAUGGUGGCCAAAUUUCGAAGGAAAUGCGUGCGGAUGCAGCAGCGCUUGCAGGACUAUGCCCAGGAAAUAUCCGACCGACAGGCAGCCAGACAGGCCAAGCGAAAACAGAAGCAGCAACAAAGACAGGAACUGCAGAGCAGACCACAAGCAGACAAGGACACGGAUAUCGUUAAGAAUGCGAAUGCAUCGGACUACAUGAAUUUGCCAGAAUCACAGAUGGACCGAAAACGUCGCAUUAUCUCUGAAUCUGAGGGCAAAGCUCCGUCCCCUUUGUCUUCCCUGCCAAAAAUUGUGAAGACGGAGGAGUCCGUCACGGAGGAGGUUCUGCCACUGCCCGAGGGGCGUCGCCUGCAGAUGAGAUUGCGCAGAAUGCGAACAAAGUCCGCGGGAACCACAGCAUCGGCUGAGAAUGCAGAGGAAGAACCGCCUGUCCCCGCUGAUCGCAGCAGCAUGCCCUGGAAGACAAAGGCGGCCAGGAAACAGCUGUCCGAGUCGUGGUCCAGCUACUCGCCGGCCCCCUCCUCGGAGGUGGAGGGCCAAUGGAGUAACAGCAGUGAGGCGGCCACAGAAAAUCUGAGCGACCUGUCGGUGGAUCCACUCUGCGGAUUCGAGAGCGACAGCAAUCCCUCCUCCACCUCAGCGCCAUCGGAGCUCAAGUUCCCUAGACGAGCGCCCAAAGCGAACCCAGCACAGCGACGUGGCCGUCGUCCGCGCAGUUCGCCUGUUUACAUGGCAAUCAAGCGGCAGCGGCGAUCACUGAGCAAGAAACCCACCAUAAAGGAGCUUCUGCAGCAGAUUGGAGCCAGCGUGGAGGAGAAUACAAAGUCUGAAGAGAAAAUCUGCUGCCAAAAUACAAAGGAAGAGCAGUACGAAAACGAUUCGCUGUGUCCAGCGGCAAAGUCUGUCUCCAGUGAUGAGGAAAGCAACAUCAGUACUUCAGAUGCAGGAGAAUCAACCGUAGAGAUCGAAGAAGUAAACGAAACAAAUGGCAAGGAAGAAGCGGCCAAGGAGCUGCCAUCAAGGACAGAUAAAAUAUCAAGUGAUUCUUCCGGUGAGAGCGGUGAGAGCAUGGCGUCGCCGUUCAAGCUAAGCAUGGAAGAAGAACAAAAAUUGAAUGGAGCAACCUCUUUUGAUCUGUCUACGAUGGAGCUACAGUCGAAGGAACUGACCUCGUCCACGGAGGCCACAGACACAACUACAACCAGCAAGGCGGAGCAGCUGUCGCUGGAAGGCGAAGCAGAGUCAGAUCAGACAGAGAUCAUUGUGAGCAUACCGCUCGAGGCACUCAAUGACGAUUUGCAGCGCAGAUUGUGCGUGGACAAUGCUGAGGAGCAGGAGCAGGAGCAGGAGGAGGAGGAGGAUCAGCAGAAGAAGCAGCAGCUUCCGGGCAAUCCCGACGAUGUCAACAACAAUGCAAACGAUGAGCAUUUUUGCCAGAGUGCUACAGCAGAUAGCUUCAAUUCUGCUGUGGCACUCCAAACAAUCGAAAUUGAAGCAAAAGCAACUGGGCCACCCGAUGGGGGCACAGCUGCAGAGCCACUAAUACGCGUGGCAGAGUCCCCACCGACACCACCAGAUGGGGACGAAGAAGACAACGACACCUCGGCAUCCACGGAUGAGAUUCAAGUGGUCAGGACUGGACCCACGCCCAUGGACUUUCUGGCCGAAUUCGAGAAACAUUGCGAGAAGGGUCUCGAGCAGCUUGGGGCCACCACACCCGCCUCAUCGCCGCCGGCCACACCCAGAGCCGAGCCACUGCCGCUGGCCCUCAACGAUCUGGAGGCCAAGCAGCAGCUCGAGGUGGAGAUGAACGAUGUGGAGACGACACUGAAUGGCAUCCUCAACGAGAUGCAGGACCAGCACAUAUACACACCGACCUGUCCGCACAUCGAUGAGUUCCUCACACCCGCCGACUAUGCCUCCCUCAGCGAGCCCGAACAGGAGCAGGACCAGGAGCCAUGCGGCGACAUCAAGCCAGAACUCACAGAGUCACAGGAGAAACCCAACCCAAAUCUCUUUGACAACAGCAACUUUAGCAACGAACUGAUUGGCUUCCAGAAUGAUAUUCCCUGCUUUGAGAACAUCGAGACCACGCCAGAGCCCGAGCAGAGUUUGCACUUGGAGCUGACGCAGUUUCUCAACGAGCUGCAGCCGCAGCCGCAGCCUCAACAGGCAGUGCAGACAGUGCAGGGACCGCAGGUUGAGGUAAUCCCAACUGAGAUAAAGCCUGUUGUUGAGCUGCCCCAGCAGCAGUCUCCGGUGCAAAUACAGGUUCAGUUGCAGCCACAACCUCUGGAGCAUCUUCAGGUGCGUCAGCCAAUAGUAUCGAAAGCUUUAGAGCAGGUGCCGCAGGUGCAUCACCAGGAGACGACCACCACCGUGUCCUACGAGCAAAUCUAUCAUCAUCAUCAGCAGCAUUCUGUCCAGCAGCAGCAGUCGGCCAGCAAGCUGCAACUUGCAGCUCCUAUCGAUCCGCAGCAGCAGCAGCAAUGGCAGCAGUAUCAGCCCCAGGAGCAACAGCAACAGCAGACGACACAUUUGCAAUGGUCAGCAGUGGGUGGACUGGAGGCCAUCAAGAGCGGCAUUGGACCAUUGGAUGGCACCACAACAACUUAUUACAUCAGUGCUGGGGAUCUGUACCAGCACCAGCAGCAGGGCGCACCACUGGAGACCACCUACACGAUGCUAGAUCCCAAUGAGAACUACAUACUGGAGCAGGCCAACCAUCACCAACAGCAGCAGCAGCAGCAGCAGCAACAACAGUUGCAGCAACAGCAGCAGCAUCAGCAACCCAUCAUGAUAUUGAUCCAACAGCCGGAGGUACAGCAGCCAGUGGCCUCGUCCAGUAAUCCCCAGCAGGCGCCGAUGCAUUUUUACGGUGCGCCCAUCAGCAACGAGCUGCACCAUCUGCAGCAGCAACAGCAACAUCAGCAGCAGCAGCAUCAGCAGCAUCAAGUACAAAAUCAUUCAGUAUUAGGAAUGCAGAGAGUGGCGGCAGCAGCAGCGGCUGCCUCUCCAAUGCCCGCCACCACGCCAAAGGCUCGAGCGGUGUCGCUCAAGUGCCGUUUCUGCCAGAACGGACCGAGAUUCUCCAACAGUCUCGAGUACAGUCGCCACAUCAUCGAGCUGCAUCCGGCAGUUGCGCCAUUCAACUGUCCGCACUGUCCGCUGGCCUUUGCGGCGCGCAGCAAGCGAUCGCAGCACAUCCUCAACCAUCAUGUGGUGCAGCAGUAUCAGUGCGGGCAGUGCUCGCAGGUGUUUCCCGCCCAGCGAGCCCUCGACCUGCACAUUCAGCGCUUCCACAUGCAGGUGACCAGCAACACGGGAGGCAGCGAAAAGGGAGGAGGAGGUGUGCGAGUGGAGGAGGUACAAUUGCAGAUCAGCAACGAGCAGCAGCAGCAGCAGCAAACACAUCCGUCAGCAAAGCAACCUGGACCACGCAGGCAACGCAUUCUCUGCUGUCCGGACUGCGAGGACUGCACUUCUGGCCAUAGUCAUGGCAGUGGGCAGUACGAGGAGCUGCAGACUAAUCUACAGGCACCACCAACGGUGCUAACGCCGCCCUCGACGAUCAUGUCGGUGCCGUCUCCGCAGCCCAUGAUGAGCACACAUCAGCACAUAACCCUGCCCUCGCCAGAGCAAUCCGAGCCGGACUCCACUACGACGCUGCGGCAGUUCCGGAAGCGAGGCGUCAUCGUGAGCCCGCAAUCGGGGAUCUUUAAUCAGACGCUGCAGCUGGCCACGCCCGUGGCAUCGCCCUCACCCUCGCCAUCGUCGUCGCCGUCCUCUUCCACGAUAGACUCGGUGCCAAACACACUCGGAUCCGCCUCCGCGUCUGUGCAGGUCAGCGAAUUGCGGGCCAGCCACCAGUGUCUGUACUGCGAGGAGCGAUUCACCAACGACAUUGCCCUGCGUAAGCACCACCAACUGGCCCAUGGAGCCCAGACCUCGAUGCCCUUCGUGUGCACCAUUUGCAAGAGGGGCUAUCGGAUGCGCACGGCCCUGCAUCGGCACAUGGAAUCGCACGAUGUGGAGGGCAGGCCGUAUGAGUGCAAUCUGUGCCACGUGCGUUUCCCGCGACCCUCACAGCUAACGCUGCACAAGAUCACCGUCCACCUGCUGUCCAAGCCACACACCUGCGACGAGUGUGGCAAGCAAUUUGGUACGGAGAGCGCCCUAAAGACGCACGUUAAGUUUCACGGUGAACUUGCUUACCAGUGCGACGAGUGCGAUUUGUCAUUUGAGUAUAUCAGAGAUUUGCGCAAGCACCGACGCACCCACAAAGGCGAAUUGUUUUACAAAUGCGAGUUCUGUCCACGCUCCUUCUUGCAUUUUAUGGGUUUUCGCGCUCACAUGAACUCUCAUCUGCCGCUGGGCGUGUUUCUGAACGAGGAGACCCAACUGAAGUCAUCGUCCAACUGCAGCACCACCAGCAACGGCAGCAUCCACAAUGACAAGUCCGGCGAGAAUCCAGCCACACCCAGCAUGGAGGAGACACCGCUUACCCCGAGCAAUAUCAAUAGUAAUCCAGAUGAAUGCUGUCAAAUCUCCAAUUCGGCGGAGAGCAGCGCUUUGGUUGGGCGUAGCCUGCCUAGCCUAGACUCGAUUGCCGCAACGCCAUAACCCACGUGGACGAAUUAUUAUUUAGUUUACAACAAUUGCGUUUAUUACAAUUACCAAGCACCAUGCCAAGUUGCAGCGGCGCCUUCCUACUACUAUUGCCACUUUUAGUGGCUCUAGCGAAUAUCUUCCACUUCACUUAUCGGAAAGAACCAAAAGCAACCAAGCAGCAGACUGCAUCGAAUGCAAUCGAUAAUUGCACCUAAACAAAUUAGAGACUAGACCAUGAAUGCACUUCCACAUACAAACAAAAACACAACACUCCCUAAAACAAAUUCGACAGGUCACACAUGCAUAUAGAGAUAACUGAUAAGAUAAGUUAGUUAGUAAUUAGACAUCUUAGACGUUCAUGCAAUGAAUAUCAGUCCAGUCGAGGUGCGAGUUUAUGUUUCCAAGAAGUAGAAACACGUAUUCAAUGAUUUAGACGAGCCACUAAUUAAACGAACAAAUUACAAUAAGGAUCCUAGGCAUAAAUUAACAUACAAGAAACAACCCCCGCCACCUACCCCACUUAAGCGUGGGUACCCUUAGCCUAAGAGUUCGAAUACAGCUCAAAUUUAUGUUUAUUUCCAAUUUGUUUCUUUGAAGAAACCAAACAGUUGAAACACCCUCUCGUUUCUCAUAUUAUUUAUAA